AUGCAUAUCAAUGAAUUAUAUAAUGGUAGAAAAAAUCCCUCUUUGUCAUUGGAAUUUUUUCCUCCUAAGACUGAGAUGGGUAAACGUAACCUGUUGGAGCGUAUGGAGCGUAUGUCUGCGUUGGAUCCUCUUUUUAUCACUGUAACAUGGGGAGCUGGGGGUACAACUGCUGAUAAGUCUUUAGAGUUGGCAUCCUUGGCACAAAAGGUGUCAAAUUUACCAGUUUGCAUGCACUUGACAUGCACGAACAUGGACAAGAGUGUCAUAGAUGAUGCCUUAGAAAAGUGCCAGAACGCCGGUAUAAAGAAUAUUUUGGCCUUAAGAGGUGAUCCGCCCAUAGGAGAAGACUGGACGAGCUCACAGACCAAAAAUUCAGAGUUUAAAUAUGCAGUUGAUUUGGUAAGAUACAUCAAGAAUAAAUACGGUUCCGAGUUUUGUGUAGGCGUAGCUGCAUAUCCAGAGGGCCACUGUGAGGGAGAAGCUGAGGGGCAGGAACAGAACCCAUCAAAAGAUCUACCAUUUUUGAAGGAGAAAGUCGAUGCUGGUGCUGACUUUGUCAUAACUCAAUUGUUUUAUGACGUUGAUAAAUUUCUUGACUUUGAAAAACUAUUCACUGAAAAGAUCUCUAACCAGAUACCACUAAUCCCAGGACUUAUGCCGAUUAACUCUUAUCUUCUAUUUCAUAGAGCUGCAAAACUCUCGCAUGCAUCCAUUCCAGAAGAUAUUUUGAAAAGAUUCCCACAAGAUAUUCAACUAGAUGACAACAAAGUAAAGUCCAUUGGAAUUGAAAUUUUGGUCGAGAUGGUGGAUAAAGUCUUCAAAGAAACAAAUGGUAGAAUCAAAUGCUUUCACUUUUAUACAUUGAACCUAGAAAAGGCAAUAGCACAAAUUGUAACGCGAUCAAAAACUUUAAAUUACAUCCUGGAAGACGAUAGUCGUGACGAUCAAGACAUUGACGCUGACGGUGAUGUUGUCUUGGAUGAGGAAAUCAAUAUGAAUAACCAAAGGGUUCUCGACGAGACGAGGAAGAGAAGACGUCAUUCAAGUAAUGUCUCUAUGGAAAUCGCAUCUAAUCGAAUCAUAAUUGGUCAAGAUAGAAAUAAAAAUAUUGGUGCCCCAUCGAGAAAGGUCGUAAUUUCCAUUUCAAAAGGUUCCGGUACACUAGGCCAAUGCGCAACUUGGGAUGAGUUUACUAACGGUAGAUUUGGUGACGCAAGGUCACCUGCAUAUGGUGAAAUUGAUGGUUACGGACCAACGAUCAAAGUCGGCAACAAGAGAGCAUAUGAACUAUGGGGGGCACCUAAAAAUUUAGAAGACUUAAAGGAAAUAUUCAUUAAAUAUUUGGAGAACUCUAUUGAUAAUUUGCCCUGGUGUGAUUUGGGGUUGUCUGCUGAAACCGCAUUGAUACAAGAAGAGUUAAUCCAAUUUAAUAACAGGGGAUAUUUGACUUUAGCAUCUCAACCAGCUACCACAGGAUCGUCAAGCAAUGAUAAAAUAUUUGGUUGGGGUCCACCCAAUGGGCUAGUUUACCAAAAAGCUUUUGUUGAAAUGUUCGUUUCUAAGCAACGGUGGAAAUCACAUUUGGAAAAAACAUUGCAAAAUUAUGGGCGAGAGAAAUUAAGCUAUUACGUCGGUGACGCAUUGGGAAAUUUUGAGAGUAAUUUGGAGCCUGAGAGUUCAAACGUUGUAACAUGGGGUGUUUUUUCUAACAGUCAAAUUAUACAGACAACAAUUAUUUCCGAAGAAUCUUUCAAAGCUUGGAGAGAUGAGGCAUUCAGUAUUUGGCUAGAAUGGGCAAAACGUUUCCCACGAAACACGCCCACUAACAGCUUCCUGAGACAAAUGCAUGGCGAUUGCUACUUAGUUUCCAUAGUGCAUCACGAUUAUGUACAAUCGGAGGAAUUAUGGGAGAUUUUGCUUGGACUAUAA